AGAGGGGUGGAAGCGUCGCGGCUGGAAGAGAGAAAGAAGUAGUUUAGGGCUGGAUCAGACAUUAAGGGAUCAAGACAAAGAGCAGAAACAAUGCUCCUUCGUGUUAUUGUUAUAUUUUCCUUCAUAUCAAGUUCUUUACAAGUAGAAGAUAAUCAGAUAAAACCACCUUGCUGUGGCACCCCUGGAAUUCCUGGGGUUCCCGGGAUACCUGGCAAUGCAGGAUCAUCAGGAAGAGAUGGUCGAGAUGGUCGAGAUGGACCACCAGGGAUAAGUGGACCCAAAGGAGACCCUGGGGACCCAGGAGUUCCUGGAGCCAGGGGCCAAGCAGGUGAUGCCGGGACCCCUGGUCUACAAGGAGAGAGGGGCAAGCAAGGAGAGUGUGCAGUUUCUCCCCGUUCUGCUUUCAGUGCCAAGCUUUCUCAGUCGCGGAGUCCUCCUAUUCCCGGACAACCGGUCCCAUUUGGGAAAGUUCUUACCAAUGAACAAGGGCAUUACAACCCAGAAACUGGUCGUUUUAAAUGUGUCGUCCCUGGACUGUACUAUUUUUCUCUCCAUGGCACAGUAUACCGUGGAAAUCUUCAUGCACAGCUGAUGAAGAACGGACACUCCCAGGCCUCUUUUUUCCAGCCAGGGGAUGCAGCAAAGCCGGGAGGGUUGUGUGGGGGGGCGGCAUUUCACUUAGAGCCUGGUGAUGAGGUAUGGGUACAGCUGGGAGACUAUCCGGGUCUUUAUUCCAGUAGUGGCACAGACAGCGUAUUCACCGGAUUUCUGAUCUAUUCCGACUGGGAACCAAAUCCCGUCUUCCGCCCUUUGACGGUAGACGAUCAUAAAACAGUGUAACAUAAGAUUAUCAGAUGAAAUGCCGGUGGUUGGCGUUAUUAGUGAAGUAUAAAAAGACACAUACGUUGUAGUUAAUACAUUUAAAGGGAUUGUCCAACCCUAUGAAUUAAAAACCAAAAACCUGCAGAUCCCAUAAGGAAGCUUCUCUGGUGCCUCAUGGGUCCUUUUUUAGCUCUUGAUGCCGCACCUGGUCCAUAUUCUAUUUAGUGUCAGGAUGUUAAAGGGGUCGUCUCACUUCAGCAAAUAGCAUUUAUCAUGCUGACAAAGUUAAAAGGCACUUACUAAUGUAUUGUGAUUGUCCAUAUUGCUUCCUUUGCUGGCCGAAUUCAUUUUUCGAUCAUAUUAUACACUGCUCGUUUCCAUGGUCAUGACCACCCUGCAAUCCAGCAGCAAUGGCCGUGCAAGUCAUAUGAACCCUGCAGCCAAUCAAUGGCCAUAAUGAGGCUUCAGUGGUGUUGAUUGGCUGCAGUGGUCACAUGUGCCGACACGUCAUCACUGGGGGCAGGAGAAAAAUAAAAAAUAGGAAGAAUCACAGACCAGCAUGAUACCAAGGAAGCAUCGGUAGGGGAUUUGUCAGGUAUUACUUAUUUUGAUACUUUACACCAUUGUAAGUGGUUUGGCAUGGUUUGGACAACCCCUUUAAGGUCUCAUGCACGUGACUGGUUUUUCUGUGUGCUGCCGAAUUAAAAUAAUAGCGCCUUUCAGAAAUGGAGGACGUAUAGGCGCUGAUUUUCUCCAUAGAAGUCAAUGGAUACUGGAAGGAUCACCAUAUACUAGUCUGAGUAUGAAAACCUAUUAUACCAGUAACAAUAUUCCAGCCUAAACUGCUGGCAGUUCAUAGGACGGUACCAGGCAGAUCCGCACGUCUGUACACAGUGGUGAUUUUUCCAAUGCUCGUGUGCAUGAGGCCUGAUUGUUAGAAACAUAAUCUACCGGACCUUCAGAUACACUUUUACGACUUCACGUAAAUGUGGUAUUGUGAACAUAAUGGGACAUGAAAAUACUUAAUGUGCAAUGAUCUCAGCUUCAAUAUGAUCAACAAAAUGGAAACACAUGGCUAGAGAGCGCUGUAAACCAUGUACGUUACACGCACAAUAAUGCCAAUAAAAUACAAUGGUAUAUACUA